CCGAUAGCUUUGAACGCAUCUUUAUCACGUGACAAUAAGUGACAGCUCAGAAGAAAGCUAACAUGGCGGUGUGUAUAGCAGUGAUCGCAAAAGAGAACUACCCGUUGUAUAUCCGCAGUGUGCCCACUCAGAAUGAGCUGAAGUUUCACUACACAGUGCACACCUCCCUGGAUGUGGUGGAGGAGAAGAUCUCAGCUGUGGGCAAAUCCUUGGGAGACCAGAGGGAGCUGUACCUGGGUCUGCUCUACCCGACCGAAGACUAUAAAGUAUAUGGGUAUGUUACCAACUCCAAGGUGAAAUUUGUAAUUGUUGUGGACUCAUCAAAUACGUCAUUGCGGGACAAUGAAAUAAGAAGUAUGUUCAGAAAAUUGCACAACUCUUUUACUGAUGUAAUGUGCAACCCAUUUCACAACCCUGGGGACCCCAUUCAGUCCAAGGCCUUCGACGGGAUUGUUUCUGGAAUGAUGGUACAAACUGGCUGACAUCCUUCCCAAUGUGCCUCCACUGUACAUAACACCCCUCAUUCUUUUCUUUGCAUAUUGCCUUGAUUGUUGAAAUGUGUAAUUGUAAUAAAAAUAACUGGUGUUGGACAUCA